AUGGGUUCCGGGGCGCACCGAUCGCCGCGUAGGGACAGGGCUCGGUUGCCCCUCGGCUCGGCUCUAGGCUCGCCGCGCGUGAAAACUGAUGCGUGCCCUUAUAACAAGAUGGACGCACCGUCCCCAAAGCUGCCCUCAUCGUGGACAGACCACACCACGCCAAAGACACCCAAUACUAUCAAGACAGCAUCACAGCAACAACACACCACUGCCAGCCACACCCUAACGCCACCUCACCCCAUCCCCGAAUAG